AUGACUCUUUUUUGUUCAUUUCUCUCUCUCUCUCUCUCUCUCUCUCUCGACCUCUUAUUCUCUCAUCUCUUCUUUCUCCUAUCGUUCUCAUUUCAUUCUGACUCUCCUGCUAGAUUUAUGUUUUUUUUUUAUUUCUCUCCUCCACCCUUUCUCUAUCAAUCUCCCAUUUUCUCGUUCUUUCUGACUUUACCCUCUCUUUCAGUUCCCACUUCUCUUUCUCUUUUCUCUUUGUCCAAACACUACCUCUCCUUUCUAAAACAUUUAUCUCUCCACUCAAUUUCUCCCUCUUACUUUUUAUUCCACCCAAACCCUCUUGCCAGCUUUCCGUUUUUCUUUUCUCCCACGCUCACUUUUCAUCUAUCUCUCCUUCACUCUCUUCCUUUCUCUCGGUCAACCUCUUUUCUCUCCUCUUUCAGUUACUAUCUUUUUUCUUUUCUCUCACGAUUUUUCGUUUACACUCUCUCUGUCUUUCUCCCCUCUUUCAGUUACUCUCUCUUUUCUUUUCUCUCACGAUUUUUCAUUCUCUCUCUCUGUCUUUCUCUCCUCUUUCAGUUACUACCUCUUUUCUUUUCCUUCACGAUUUUUCAUUCUCUCUCUCUUUGUCUUUCUUUCUUUUUUUAUUUCUACCCGACAUGCACACAAACACGCUGUGUCGCCAAACCAAGUACUUGGACCUCGCAUAGCCGCCUUCGGAUCGUUCGCCUUCUCUCGGUCAGUCAAUCCACAUCGUCAUCCGUCUCCCCAGUUCUUCCUUUACGCGAUUCAGAACGCAUGGAUUGA